AAAAAAUAUAUACAUAAACAAUAAACAAUCUAUACAAUACACAACAUUAAAUACAUCAUAUAGACUUAGAUGAUGCAAAGGGUAUAUUAAGAGGAAAUAUUUACACAUGAUGGUUUACUGGCUUAUUCCCAUGUACUUUUCAUUCUUGUGUUUUGGUAUGAAGUUGGAUCUAAUAUUUAAUAUGUAAUAAGGGAAACUUGAAAUGAGACUUAAUGACAUUUUUCAUAGAAUGUAAUGUUUUCUAUUCCAGGUAUAAUACAUGGAGAUUUUCAUGAUGAAAAUAUCAUAGUGCAAAUACAAACAAUUGAUAAAUCAAACCAAGUAAAAGCUGGUAGUCAUUCCAAAGUGCCAAAUGAUGGCCAAGUGAUUAAACACGCACAAUUUGAUGUCAGUGAAAGUGCCAAUGACAAUACUAACACAAAUGAUGAACAAUAUGUUGCCACUGGUGUAAUUGACUUUGGAGAUAGUUUCAGAAGCUAUUUUAUUUUUGAGGUUGCGAUAGCAAUCUGUUACUUAAUGAUAGAGGUCACUUUAAUUGACCCUGUUGAUGUCGCAGGUCACUUUCUAGCUGGUUAUUUUACUCAUAUGGAUCUUAGUGCAAGAGAACUUGAUUUGCUGUAUAUUUGCAUUCACAGAGCAUUCGCACAAGAAUUUGUAUUGGGGUCUCUAAAAUAUAUAGAUGAUCCCACAAAUCAUUAUCUAGUAACUUCCCAAAGGAAUGGCUGGAAAAUAAUGAGAAACUUUUGGAAUAUAUCCAAAUCUGAAGUUCAUUUCAAAUGGAACUGUGUAUUGCAGAAAUACAAUGAUGAUUAUGUAAAUCUUUUUAAAUCAUAGGCCUGAAACUUAGGCAUGUUUAUUGUAUAGUAUGAUUGUAAGAGAUAUAUUUUACAAAUAAUAAAUACA